AUUUUUAUAUGAUCGGGAUCGAGUAACUGGAUUUUGCUUCCCGCGGGUCUUGAAACUGAAAGUAACAGCAAGAUAUCAACCAUCAUUUACCAUGCCUAGAACAAAUAAGCAGCCUGAUAAUGACAGAAUACCAAGUUCCCAGGUGGCUGCUACACAAGCAGAGAAAGCUCACUCGAGUAUGGACCGCGGAGAACAGGAAAAGAAGCUGCAUGACCUCGUCCAGUUCCUCUUGAUAAUGGACCAAAAGAAGCUACCUAUCAAAAAACUUGAUAUAAACAAACAGGUAUUAAAGGAACACAGUAAAGCUCUCCCUGUGAUGAUGAAACUAGCCGAAGAAAAGCUUAGAAAGAUCUUUGGGAUAGAGUUGGUGAGUUUAGAGGACAAACAGAAAGGUACAUAUAUCCUGGUCAAUACGUUGGACACCGACGUAGAUGAGCAGCUGGAGAGUGACCCCAACUUGACCUUGACCCCGGUCGAUUGGUCGGACGAAAAUCACGCCAAGACUGGACUCCUGAUGGUCGUACUCAGUGCUAUAUUUAUGAAUGGAGAAGUUAUGGUAGAUUCUCAACUUUAUCACAUGCUGAGAAAACUUAAAGUUGAUCAAGAUGUGACUCAUCCUGUCUUUGGUGACGUCAAAAAGCAGCUGACUGUUGAGUUUGUGAGACAAGGGUACCUUGAGUACACUCGUCAGCCAAACACCGACCCCCCGGUCUUUGAGUUCAGAUGGGGGUUCAGAGCUAAGAAGGAAAUCACAAAAAGGAACUGUCUGGACUUUGUCAGUCAGUUGUAUGAAAAAAAUCCAGAAGAGUGGGUGUCUCAAUACCAAGUUGUAGUAGAAGAGGAGGGAGAGGAGGAGGAAGGGUCUUCAGCAUCUUGAAAGCAUUCCCAGCAUGCUUCGCUGCUCCCAUCAUGCCAUAUUACUACUAGCAUGCUCAUGAUUACUCAGCGACUUCAAGGGACCAAUUAUUGUACAUAUGGGAAUAUCUGUGAUGGUAUUUGAACUUUGAAGUGCCAAGAAACCGUGACUAAUCGCAUGGAUGAUGUACAUUUUAGUGAUCAAGUAUACAAGUUCUUUUAGAGAUAUUUUUUUUAUCAGAAACAUCUUUGUUGAAAAGUCUGUAAAGAUAAGAGAACAUGUACUUGUUCUUCGUAGAGAUUUUUCCGUGCACGUCCAUGUAUGCUUCAAGAGCUGUAUUUAACUUUUUUCAUCUAGUCCUUUGUAAAUUAUAACUUGUAUAGUUUGUUUGAAAGAUAAAUUAAUUUAAUACAUUUUUAACUUGAAA